UUUGGGAUUUCAGUCUCUCUCUUCUAGUCGAGGCAGCUUAAAGAUAGAAUCGUAUAAACAAAACAUAGAACCAGUUUGAGUAGCAGCCGCCAUGGCCACCGCGACCCCCUUGGAUCCUCCGAAGCCUACCGACUCCUCCUCCGACGCCGCCGACACUGAUACUAACCCUAACCCUACUAAUCCUUCCAACUCCUUAUCUUUCCCUGUUUCCUCAAAUGGCUCUGCCGUCUGCCUCCUCAGGUUCGCCGGAGACUCCUUCAGCGGUGCCUUCAUGGGCUCCAUCUUCGGCUAUGGUGCGGGUUUGUUUAAGAAAAAAGGCUUUAAAGGAUCCUUUGCAGAAGCUGGAUCUUAUGCCAAGACAUUUGCAGUUUUGUCUGGAGUGCACAGUUUGGUAGUCUGCAUUUUGAAGAGGCUGCGUGGAAAGGAUGAUGUCAUUAAUGCAGGAGUAGCUGGAUGUUGCACGGGUCUUGCUCUGAGUUUUCCUGGUGCACCCCAGCAACUUCUACAAAGUUGCGUUACUUUUGGGGCCUUCUCAUUUCUUGUUGAAGGCUUUAAUAAGCAACAGCCAGCUCUCGCACAAUCAUUUCCUCUGAAAUUUAACAGUGAAGAACGUCCUUCAUUGGUGCUCCCUCUUCAACUAUCACUUACUGGAGAACUGAAAGAGGGUUUCACCGCAUUCUGUAACUCUUUGAAGAAUCACAAGGGUGGUCCUCGCAUGACCUAAAAAGUUUUGUUUCAUCACUUUUUAAAAGUUUAUUUUAUCUUUAAAUUAAGUUGUUUCUCUUUGUUUUUUGGUGAGAUCAGAAUGUUAUCUUCGUUGUAAAGAGAGUUCUAGUUGAAAUUCUAGCUACAA